CGUGAGAGAGCGACAGGGAGAGAGAGAAGAUAGGAGAGUUCUGAAAGUGACGUGAAAAAUAAAAUAUUUUUCUCUGCAAAAUUUUGUGAGGAUUUUUUUGCGGAAAAAUGGCUCAAUACGUGCCACGAGUGGGUCCGAGAGUAGCUUCUGCCUUUGGUCGUUUCGUGUACAAUUGGUCAGGAUUCAAUCAGUACGGGCUGUACAGGGAGGAUAUCCUGUAUGAGGAUGAUGAUGUCAAGGAGGCAAUUCGCAGAUUACCACCAAAAGUCUACGAUGAGCGCAACUACCGCAUCAUCCGUGCACUCCAGCUGUCAAUGAGCAAAACCAUCCUGCCCAAGGAGCAGUGGACAAAGUACGAGGAGGACGUAAAGUACCUCGAACCCUACCUUGAGGAAGUAAUCCGGGAGCGCAAGGAAAAGGAAGCCUGGCUAAAGGAGAAGUAGAUGAAGAGAUGUUAAAUAAAAGAAUGAAAUGAAGAUAAAUAAAAUAAUAAAUUAUUAGGUAUAAA